AGAGAGCGAGAGCGAGCGAGCAUCACUGUGGCCUGCGCGCGUCUAUUGUUCGCUCCGCGCGUGAACACAAAGAGUCUCGAGGCGGGUGGAUCGAGCGCGAGCGGCGCGGCACCUGCAGCUCGAGGCCUCGCGCGACUCAAACCGGACGAUUCUGCGCUAAUAACCGCCAUUCUCCAUGAUUUCCCACCGAUUUUAACGUUCAUCUACGUCCCGGGAUUCGCAUAAAGCCCGUGCGGAGACGCGGAGACGCUCGGUCCUCCGCUCCAUCAGUGUUUCAGGCUGUUCCUCCAAGACCUUCAAGCUGUACUCCCCAAAGGAGCCCCCCAACGGAAGUGCUUUCCCCCCCUUCCACCCCGGCACCAUGCUGGACCGAGACCUGGGCCCGACGCCCAUGUAUCCCCCAUCAUACCUGGAGCCAGGCAUCGGGAGACACACACCUUACGGGAAUCAGACAGACUACAGGAUAUUUGAGCUCAACAAGCGGCUUCAGAACUGGACGGAGGAGUGUGAUAAUCUGUGGUGGGACGCUUUCACUACGGAGUUCUUCGAGGAUGACGCUAUGCUCACCAUCACGUUUUGUCUGGAGGACGGUCCUAAACGAUACACGAUCGGCCGGACGCUGAUUCCUCGUUACUUCAGGAGUGUGUUUGAAGGCGGCGCCACGGAGCUCUGCUACAUUCUCAAGCACCCUAAAGAGUCCUUCCACAGCAACUUUGUGUCUCUGGACUGUGAUCAGUGUACGAUGGUCACGCAGAACGGCAAGCCCAUGUUCACACAGGUGUGUGUGGAGGGCCGUCUGUACCUGGAGUUCAUGUUCGAUGACAUGAUGAGGAUAAAGACGUGGCAUUUCAGCAUCCGGCAGCACAGAGAGCUCAUCCCCCGGAGCAUCCUGGCCAUGCAUGCUCAGGACCCGCAGAUGUUGGAUCAGCUGUCCAAAAACAUCACCAGAUGCGGCCUGUCAAACUCCACCCUCAACUACCUCCGAUUGUGUGUGAUCCUGGAGCCCAUGCAGGAGCUGAUGUCCAGACACAAGACGUACAGUCUGAGUCCCCGAGACUGUCUGAAGACGUGUCUGUUCCAGAAGUGGCAGAGGAUGGUGGCUCCUCCAGCGGAGCCGGCCAGACAGGCGCCCAGUAAGAGACGGAAGCGUAAGAUGUCGGGCGGCAGCACCAUGAGCGCCGGCGGCGGCUCCAACAACAACAGCAAGAAGAAGAGCCCAGCAAACAGCUUCCCGCUGUCCAGUCAGGUCCCGGACGUGAUGGUGGUGGGCGAGCCCACGCUGAUGGGAGGAGAGUUCGGGGACGAGGACGAGCGUCUGAUCACGCGGCUGGAGAACACACAGUUCGACGCGGCUAACGGCAUCGACGACGAGGACAGCUUUAACAACUCGCCCGCGCUGGGAGCCAACAGCCCCUGGAACAACAAGCCUCCGUCCAGCCAGGAGGGCAAGAACGACAACCCCACCUCACAGCCGUCUCAGUGAGACUCGGACGGGGGCGGAGCCUGGGGCGGAGCCAGGGAGCGUCAGCAUCCAAUGGGAAGAAAGAGGUGCGGUCGACUCAUUCAUCCACCUGCAGUAGCUGGUCUUCCUGUCAGCAGAGGAAGUGAUGACAGCGUUUACUCGUCACAGGACAGGUUUUAUUCACUCGCUCGUGGUUCUGUUGGUGAUUUAUGAGGAGCCUGUAGAUAGUUCAUAUGUUUAAGUUAAGAUGAAGAGGAGAAAUCUGACCACAUGAAGCACCAACAAGACCAAGACACAUCCAGCUCCUGUUUCACUCACAAGAAAUGUCAUUCUGCAAGAGAAAAAUAUGAUAAAAAAUCACCUUUAAUACUGUUUUGUAUGAAGCUUGUUUCUGCCACUGAGUUUUUAUCUCACGAUUCUGACUUCUAGCAACUGCGCCGAUCUUAUAAUUCAGAUUAUUCAUUUUGCAAUUGCGAUUUUUCUCUAUUUUUUGUUUUUUCUCAAAGUUGGUGAGAUAAACUGAAAUUGUAGUAUUUUUCCUCUAAAUUGAACCAUAACUUGCAGUUGCGAGUUUAGCAAUUCGGAGAAAAAUUACACGCAAUUAGAAUUGCAAGGAAAAAAGUCAGAACUAUGAAAUAAAAAAAUCCAAAUUACCUUUUUAAUUUUUAAAGUAGUUUCCAUAGUUUUAUUAUUGUAUUGCGAUGUUUUUGUUUUUUUAAAUGUGAAACAGCAUAUAUCUAAACACUACCGUUCUUAUUCUCGUUUUCGUUACAGUAAAGAGAUUGUUUAAUCAUUUUAAUGCAAACAAACUAUAAUGGACUAGAUAUUUUCUUUCAGCAAAAUGUCGUUUCUUAUAUCCGGAGUAAAAUCUCAAACACAGCAGGUUAAUUUGAGUCUCACCUUGUCCUCUGAUCGCUGGAGGAUGUUUAAUAUCACAUGAAGAGUGAAUUUUAUACCAGCCUCUAUUUCCCUAGAAUGUUUUAUUAUUAUUAUUAUUAUUUUGGUUUAUUUGUAUUUUUUCACUGAUGUUGAAAGCUGCAAACCAAGGAGUAACCGAACCGUGGAGGAUUCUGUUGGUUUGUCUUCUGUUUAACAGAGAGUUGGUUUUCGUGUACUUGUGCUUGUAUAUUUAAGGUAGUAGCAGAGUUGUGUAUAACUGUAUUGAGAUGUAUUCCUCCUUAGAGUUACAUAAAGCCAUUCUGAUCUAACGUGUAAAAAAUGAAAACACACCAACCUCGUCUUUCCCACUCUUGAUUAUCUUUUUAAUUUGCAUACGACUGAUGAAUUGAAAUCAAGGGCACAGUCUGUGUUUGUUGCCUGAUCGAAAUCUGUUUCUGAAGAAUAUGCUUUCAACAGAUUCGGUGUCUGUUUUCUUUUGUUUUCUUCUGUUCUUCAUGUGUUUAAGGAAGACCAACUGUGAUCAGCUAGUCAUGUUUCAUUAACAUGUUAGUGGUUUAUUACUCGCACACAAACACACAAUACUGCUGAAACUCAGACUAAUCCAGUUUUUUGUACUAUUGGAUUGUUUUCUCUGUCUUUCUGAGCAGCUGAAUCAAUCUGAACGGAUUAAAGGUCUGCACUUGUAAUCCAAACAAACUGGUGAUCUUUUCCACCUUAAAUCUUGUAGAAGCUCCUGUUUGAUAUAACUUUGUUUUCUUAAUUUCUGCCCUUGAUAAAUUUAAUGUAUGGAACCAAUAAAAUAUGAAUUUUCACUUUA